CUGAAAAGAAGCUGUCCAGCACAACAGAAAAUCUCUCUCCUCUUCUCAAGAGCUCUCCCUGCCCUAAUCAAGGCCAACUGGACCUCCCAAUCUAGAAAACGAAAAGCAUAAACGAUCAGGAAGAUCGCCAAGCAACUGUUGAGCCUCCAAACUGGGCUGGUGCCAAGGACUCAAGCUCUUACUUUCUGGACCAAAGUUGGGACAUAGUUUUCUGAUUUCCCCAGGAAGUCACAACGAGACAGAAAGAAGUUGGCUGUGACCAGGCCAGACGCCUCAACUUGGCCUUCAGAACCUGGAUGAGGAGAAGAGGAAGGUGGCAGGGGUAGGCAACUUGCAGGAAGUGACAGAGCUGUGCGUCCCUCCAGAGCCCUGCAGUAUGGAGCCAGUCAAUAGGACAGAGGUCUCUGAGUUCUUUCUGAAAGGGUUUUCUGGCUACCCAGCCCUGGAGCACUUGCUCUUCCUUUUGUGCUCAGCCAUGUACCUGGUGACCCUGCUGGGGAACGCCGCCAUCGUGACAGUGAGUGUGCUGGACGUGCGCCUGCACACGCCCAUGUACUUCUUCCUGGGCAACCUCUCCAUCCUGGACAUCUGCUACACGUCUACCUUCGUGCCCCUGAUGCUGGUCCACCUCCUGUCAGCCCAGAAGACCAUCUCCUUUAUUGGCUGUGCCAUCCAGAUGUGCCUGAGCCUGUCCACAGGCUCCACAGAGUGUCUGCUGCUCGCCAUCAUGGCCUACGAUCGCUACCUGGCCAUUUGCCGGCCCCUCAGGUACCCAGUGCUCAUGCGCCACCAGCUCUGCUUAUUACUGGCAGGAGCCGCCUGGCUCCUCUGUCUCUUCAAAUCGGUGACUGAGACUGUCAUCGCCAUGAGGCAGCCCUUCUGUGGUCACCACAUCAUCAGUCACUUCACCUGCGAGAUCCUGGCAGUACUGAAGCUGGCAUGCGGUGACACGUCAGUCAGCGAGGCUCUCCUGCUGAUGGGCGCCAUUCUGCUGUUGCCCGUGCCCCUGGCAUUCAUCUGCCUGUCCUACACGCUUAUCCUGGCCACCAUCCUGAGGGUGCCCUCAGCCGCCGGGCGCCGCAAAGCCUUUUCCACCUGCUCGGCGCACCUGGCGGUGGUGCUGCUUUUCUACGGCACUGUCAUCUUCAUGUACAUGAAACCCAAGAGCAAGAAGGCCCACAUCUCCGAUGAGGUCUUCACAGUCCUCUAUGCUGUGGUCACACCCAUGCUGAACCCUGUCAUCUACAGCCUGCGGAACAAAGAGGUGAAGGAGGCCGCGGGGAAGGUGUGGGACAGGAGGCGGACCUCCACGUGA